GAUACCAACACAGGCAAUCCUUUUAAUUACUUUACGUACGGAGCUGCGUGCUCGGAAGUAGAAAUCGAUUGCCUAACCGGUGACCACCAAGUGUUGAGGACAGAUAUUGUAAUGGAUUUAGGUCAAAGUCUGAAUCCUGCGAUUGAUAUAGGUCAGAUCGAAGGUGCUUUCGUUCAAGGAUACGGCUUGUUCACGUUAGAAGAAAUGAUUUAUUUAAGGAAUGGAGCUGUCUGUAGCAAAGGGCCAGGUGCUUACAAAUUGCCUGGAUUUACGGAUAUUCCACAAACGUUCAACGUGUCGUUAUUAAAAGGUGCCUCGAAUCCUAGAGCUGUUUAUUCGUCCAAG